AUGAGAAUUAAGAAGUGCUUCAUCCCAUGCAUUGGAAGGCCUCUGGUGUUGGACAACGAUGGCCAUCAGUCAAAGCAGAUACAGCUUGAUGAAUUGGUUCAGAUUCCAGGGAAGCCACCUCCAUCUGCUGGAGCAUCAUCCUCAACCAUACACAUCAAGGUGGAAGCGGGAGUCAGGGAUGUUGCCGUGGAGGAAGCAACUCAACUCAGGCAGCGGCCGAGCGCUUUGGAGGAACUGCACAAGAAAGAGACAGUGCAUACGACCACCAAGCUCAUGCAGAAGGCCACAGCCGAGGCGGAGGCGAGGAGGGCAGUCCAGGAAGCUGCGCAGCUCAGGCAGCAGAUGAGCGACGCUGACACAGCGCACAAGAAGGAGUUGGAGCAGAUGGCUGCUGCAGAGGCAGAGGCCAAGGAGGAUGCUCAGGCUGCCAGGACGGCAGCGAAGACCCAAACGGGCCUGCUGAAGGAGAAGGAGGUUGAUCUAGCAGCUGCUCAGGCCGUCAUCUGGCAGAAAGAUGACAGGAUCAGCCAGCUGGAACAGAAGGAGGAGAGAUGGCAGAAGCUCCUGAGGGGGAGAGAUGCGGAGAUAGAGGAGCUGCAGCGCACUCAACUGGAGCAGCAACAAAAUAUGUGCCGCUUGCCAGAGGGCUCAUGCAAGGAGACGGGGGACCUGGGCUCAGGCAGCUGGGCCCUUGUGAAAUCGGUCACAGUGAGCUUCAGGGUGGCCGCCAAAGUGGCCAGGACCCUUGAGACCGAUGAGGCGAGCGCGCAAGCAAAGGAGGACCUGCAGAAGGAGGGGCAGGUGUUGUGCGCGCUGCCGCCGCACCCGAACGUUGUCCAGGUGAUUGGCUGGGCACGUCUGGACAACCGUCUCUUUGGUACCUCUGAGGAGGGCCUCAUCAUGGAGAAGGCCUGCUGCAGCCUCAGCGACAUGCUCAAGGACGGCCCCAUUGAGACAUGCAAGGUGCUGCCGAUCGUGCUUGGUAUGUGCAAGGGGCUGGCGCACGUGUGGGGGCAUGGCUACAUACACCGGGACAUCAAGCCCCCCAAUAUUCUGAUGGGCCCCGACGGCUGCGCCCAGCUGGCCGACUUUGGGCUGGCCAUGCGCAACAGCGAGCAGUGCACAAAGUUUGGCGGCACGUUGCUGUACUCCACUCCGCGGUCGUUUGUAAGGGACACGGGGGGCGCACAGGAUGACACGCGCGGCCUGUGCAUGACCACGUAUGAGCUGCUGACCGGCCGCAGCAUCAAGGACGAGCUGACAGACCAGUUCAACGCGCUGAGUGAGGACCAGAAGCAGCGAGUGGCCGACCUGUGCCAGAAGAUUGACGAGGACGAGCUCGACGGCUGCGUGCAGGCCGUCGCUGCAGAGUACCUCAAGCUCAUCGGCAUCACGCAGGUGGUGCCGCUGGAUGAGAGGGUGCCGGCAGAGCUGCUGGAGGACAUCCUGAUGGGCAUCCGCAAGCCACGCAGCCUGCCUCUUAGCCGCCUUCAGGCCAGCAUCGAGGCAGCCAUGAGCAAGAUCAGCCUGCAGGAUCGCUCCUCGGGAGAGCAAGCAUCAGACGAGGAAGACUCAGACGACGAGGAGGGAUACUGCACACUCGAAGAAGCGAAUGUCUGUGACAGGUUCUCAGAGAACUGA